AUGAAGUUUAUCUUCUGUUUGAGUGUCCUUGUUGGGACAUUCUCCUCCGCUCACUCAUCUGUGCAGAAAGAAGACAAUGCUCCCUAUUUGGUGUACCUCAGGUCUCAGUUCAACCCCUGUGUGGGUGUCCUCAUCAAAAAAGACUGGGUGCUGGCCCCAGCUCACUGCUACUUACCAAAUCUGAAAGUGAUGCUGGGAAAUUUCCGGAUCAGAGUCAGAGAUGGGACAGAGCAGACAAUUAGCCCCAUCAAUAUCAUCCGCUACUGGAACUAUUCCGACAGCUACCCCCAGGAUGACCUCAUGCUCAUUAAGCUGGGCAAGCCAGCCAACUUCAGCCACAAAGUCCAGACCCUCAGCCUGGCCACCAGCAAUGUCCAGCCAGGCACCGUGUGUCUGCUUUCAGGCCUGGACUGGAGCAGAGAAAACAGUGGCAGGCACCCUGACCUCAGGCAGAACCUGGAGGCCCCUGUGAUGUCCGACAAAGACUGCCAGAAAACCGAGCAAGGGAAAAGCCACCGCAACUCCUUAUGUCUGAAGUUUGUCAAAGUGUUCGGCCGGAUUUUUGGGGAAGUGGCUGUCGCCACUGUCAUCUGCAAAAACAAGCUCCAGGGGAUUGAGGUCGGACACUUCCUGGGUGGCGACGUAGGCAUCUAUACCAAUGUUUACAAGUACCUGUCCUGGAUUGAGAGCGUCACUAAAGACAGGCAUGACUAA